AGCUAUUUGUUGCUGCGCCGCCACCGCCCGAACCAUGGUCCGCGUUCCACUCGGGCUCUCUUAGCAGCAGCCGCCGCCGCCGCCGCCCUGUGAUCGCUGGCUUCACUUCCUCCUUUUCUUCUUGCUGAGCCACUUUCCUCCUAGAGCUAUGACCGUCGUCUCCGUCCCGCAGCGGGAGCCACUUGUCCUGGGCGGCCGCCUUGCGCCUCUGGGCUUUUCCGCCCGUGGUUACUUCGGGGCCCUCCCGAUGGUGACCACGGCCCCGCCGCCUUUACCCCGAAUCCCGGACCCCCGGGCACUGCCCCCCACCCUUUUCCUCCCUCACUUCCUAGGGGGAGACGGUCCCUGUCUGACCCCGCAGCCUCGCGCCCCUGCACCUCUGUCCAACUGUAGUCUAGCUACGGCGGGAGGCACCCCUCGGGCAGCGCCAAAGAAGCGGCGAAAGAAGAGGGUGCGGGCCAGCCCGGCGGGACAGCUGCCCAGCCGCUUCCAUCAGUACCAGCAGCACCGGCCGAGCCUAGAGGGCGGGCGGAGCCCCGCGACUGGUCGGAGCGGAGCGCAGGAAGUCCCGGACCGGGCGGCCAAUUCGGCCCCGGGUCCUGCGGCCGCAACCCAAACUGAGGAAGCGAGCCCUUUCCCUGGCCAGCUGCCGCCCGCGGUGCCCGGCCAACCCUCGUUCAAAAGAGAGGUUUUAAAAUCAAAGAUGGGAAAAUCGGAGAAAAUUGCCAUUCCCCACGGCCAGCUUGUUCACGGCAUACACUUGUGUGAACAACCAAAGAUAAACAGACAGAAAAGCAAAUAUAACUUACCACUAACCAAGAUCACCUCUGCAAAAAGAAAUGAAAAUAACUUUUGGCAGGAUUCUGUUUCAUCUGAUUUAAUCCAGAAGCAGGAAAAAAAGCCUUUUAAAAAUACUGAGAACAUUAAAAAUAUGCAUUUGAAGAAAUCAGCAUUUCUAACUGAAGUGAACCAAAAGGAAAAUUACGCUGGGGCAAAGUUUAGUGAUCCACCUUCUCCUAGUGUUCUUCCAAAGCCGCCCAGUCACUGGAUGGGAAGCACUAUUGAAAACUCCAACCAAAAUAGGGAGUUGAUGGCAGUACACUUAAAAACUCUCCUAAAAGUUCAGACUUAGAUCUCAGAUUGCAGUAUGUCUGUAAAACAGUUUUUUCAAAAUCCCUGGACUCCUGAAAAUUGGUACAGAAAUGGAAAUUUGCCUUGUAAUAUACAAGUGCAAAAGAUGAGUUUAAAAAAUUAUAAACAACUUGUAUUAUAUUUUAUAUUUUGUAAAUACUGUAUACCAUGUAUUAUGUGUAUAUUGUUCCUACUUGAGAGGUACAUUAUAGUUUUGUUACGAAAGUAUGUAUUUUGCCCUACCCAAACGGUAGGCGUUUUGUAUAUAUACAGUGGAGAAAUUUUAAGCGUGCUAAGGCACAUGGAAGACCGAUUUAUUUGCACAAGGUACUGAGAUUUUUUUUAAAGAAACAGCUCUCUAAUCUCAAGGUGAAGAUCUAAAUGUGAACAGUUUACGAAUGCACUACUGAAGUUUGAAUCUGUGGCACAAUCAUUGUAAACAUGGGGUUUGUCUGUGUUUCGCUAAAUUGAUUUCUGCCUUCUAAUCUGUAAUUACUGGAAAACUCCUAUUCCCAUUUUUACCAAACUUAAUUUCUGGUUUUUGGUUUAUCCAUUCAAAUUUAAAAUACCUCUAAUUUUAAUGCCAACAAAAUUGGUUGUAAUCAAAUUUUGAAAUAAUAAUAUAAUAAUUUGGCCCCCCCUUUUAUACUAGUCUUGACUCUGUGUGUGUGUCUUUCAUGUUUGAAUGUGUGACUAGGAGAUGGAUCUUAACUGUUCUAUUUUACUGUCUUAGUAUUAUACUAAUUGUCUUUCCUCUGAAAUUUAGAGGGUCCAAUAAUGUAAUGCUGCUACCUCUAAGGGGAGGAAUUCCCCAUUUUAACAAUGGAAAUGGUUGUGGUCAAAAGUACAACUGAUUAGUUUAUAACUUACAGUAUACUUUUAUACAUGAACUGUUCCAUAAGUACUAUUUGAUUUACCCUAUAAUUUCAAUGAAAGAAAAUGGCACUUGGUUUGGUUUACUAAAUUUGUAUUGCUUUUGAAUGGUGGUUCUUGAAACAAAGCAAGCAUAAUUUAGAUAGUAGGUGAAGAUUUGGAAGUCUAGACCUUUGCUAAAAGGUAAAUAUGGUAGCUUAUGUAUUUUUACUUUAAAAUUCAAACUUUGUUCUAAGAUUCUAAAGCACUAGUUUUCCCUGUAUGGUUUUUAGUUCUACAAAGCUGAAGUUUAUCUUGCAACAAAAGGAGAGUUUUUUUUGAGUAGACCCGCAAUACUUGACAUAUGAAAAGGGUAUUCAGGGGGUAUAAAUGAUUCUCUUAAGGUGAAAUAGAUGAGAAAGGUGCUACCAUCCUUCCAAGAAAAGAUAAAUGGAAGAGUCUGUGUCUUGCACAUUUGGUUCAUACAGGUGGGGAGACUUUCGGCCUGUGCAAAGGUCGGUGGUAUGGGCACAACCUUAGAGUCGUUAUUGGUGAGCUGUGCCAGGAGGGUAUGAAAACUGACAUAGCCACCGCAAAAUCUGAGCUCGUUCAAGUGCCUGCAGUCUGGUUUACACGGCACAUACAUAACCCAGCCAGCCAUUCUUUGGCCCUGGCUGUAAAAUGCUUCAUUCUUGUAUGUAUGUAGAGAAAGCUAUACUUAAUACAUAGAAGUUACAUAUAGCUUGCUUUAAAAAAUGCAUUUAGAGAAACUUAACAAAAUACAGUAAGCUUUCGACCUUUCAAAAUUUUUUAAGAUUUUCUAAGUAAAGGAAAUAGAUUAUAAAAUAAUCGGUUUUAUGGUUUGACGAGUGAACAAAAUUGUCUGAAUUACACUACAGAUGAUACAGUGAAAAGGUAUUAGCAAACUUGGAAGUCCAGUACUUUUGGUAUUACAGUAAAAUACUAUUUAGCAGCCUUAGUCCCUUUGGAUUGCUGUAACAAUACUAAAGGUUGGGUAGCUUAUAAAUUUCUCACAGUUCAUUGUCCAGGAAGUCCAAGAUAAGGCACCAGCCGAUUUGGUAUCUGAGCGCCCACUUCAUUGUUCACAGAUGGGAAGUCUGAGUCACAUGGCAGGAAGGUUGAGGGAGCUUUCUUGGGCCCCUUUUGUAAGGAGAUUAAUACCAUUCACGAGGGUUCUGCCCUUAUGUCCUGAUCCCUUCCCAAGGUCUCCACCUUGUAAUAUCAUUAAUUAUAGGUUAGGUCUCAACAUAAUUUAUACUGUAGUGCAGGCCAAUCCACUUAACCACCUGUAUUUUUCUCCUACUGAAGUCUUCACUGAAACAUUUUUCCUCCGACGUUCCUGUAACUGGUUUUGUAAAAAGCAAACACUUUGCAGUCACCAGCUUCAGGUAUACAUUUUAACUAGUAGUCUGGUAAAGGAGGCUCAUAAUUGCAAAAGGAUGAAAGGUUUUUAUGAGUGUAAAUUAAGUUCUAUAGUGAAGUGCCAUUGCAUAUAUUGGCAUGUGAGGUAUUUUAUACUGAAGUGGCUUUUAGGUAAGUGUACAGUUUGAUAAUGUCAACUCCUAACACUGAUAAAGUGACACAUAUGCUGAUACAACACCAUAGAACUCUUAUUUGCAUUAAUCUUGGUGCUAAGUAUUUUAGUGUCCUUGUAGGCAGAUAAAGGAAAAAGGUAAUAGAACAUCAAAUCGCAGUAUUAAAAGAUUGACAGGAACAAUUCUUUUCAAACAAUGUGGUUUGUAAGAUAAAAUACAAAUUUUAAGAUGGUUUAUGUAGUUUAUAAGUUAAAAGACGAAAAUGUAUUAGGCAAGUAGUCUAUAUUUUAGCUGGACCAGCAUUCAGGUUUUAGAUUUUUGUUUUUAAGAUUUUGAGAGUGUGAGGGGAGGGGAGAGGGAGAAGCAGGCUCCCUGUUGAACAAGGAGCUGAUCCCAGAACCCUGGGAUCAAUGACCUGAGCUGAAAGCAGACGCUUAACGGACUGAGCCACCCAGGUGCCUCACCAUUCAGGUUUUUAGGCAUAUAGUUGACCUUUGAAUAACAUGUGUUUGAACUGUGUUGGUCCACUUACACAUGAGUUUAUAUAGUACAGUACUAUAUUUUUUUCAUUUUUUUCUCUAGCUCACUUUAUUGUAAGAUUACAGAAUAUAGUAUAUAGAAUAUAUGUUAAAUUGACUUACCAGGCUCCUGGUCAGCAGGCAAUUAAUAGUUAAGUUUUGGGGGAAUCAAAUGUUAUAUGUGGAUUUUUGCACAGGAGUUGGUACCCCAAAACCCCAUGUUAUUCAGGGGUCAACUGGACUACGUAAUCUCCCCUUCAUGAUAUUUGUAUAAAUAGUGCUAUACAAAUGUGGGACUUAAAUGGGAUCCAUUCGUGCCACACUUGGGGAAAACCAUUUGUAUUUCUCUUACAUGUGAUUUCAAACUAAAAAGCCCAUGUUACCUGCUUUUGUCAUUACCUGCUCUCUGUAAAAGCCCUAUCUCAACUUUUGGUGUUGAGAAGGAACAAAACCUAGACUCUAUCCCUGUGCUUCUCCCCCUCAGCAUCAGGCCCCAGAAUGGACCUGGGACAGCUGGCAGUCCACCCAAGAUGGUGAAAUUAAGAUUGUGUGGAGCUGUGGCUGUGGUAGGCUAGACUCUGGAUGCCCUGUCCCUCAAUCCCCAGCAUGUUCUCAAAAGCAUUUAGAUGUCUAGGAGAGGGUUUGGGUUGUCCUGGCUCAAAGCCACCCACCUCUGCCUUAUUCCUCGUUCUUCCGGAAAUGUUGGGGGGGGGGAGAUAGUAAAUGGCUUGAGAUUACAAAAAAGGGGGGCUGCUUUUGAGAUUAAGGAGGCCUUCGAGAGGUAUACAGAUAAAUUUUGAGUGGGGACAUCAGUUCUAGAAAAGAAGGGAAGUUUAAAGAAGGAAGGGAACUUUAUUUGAUGUUCACAUUUUGUAUGACGCUCCAUUCCUGCUCACAAAGAUGCAAGUACCUUCUUCACAAAUAGUUGGGAAAACUCGUUUUAGAAGUUCAGACCGUAGUUUGAAAAUUCCUUCAAUAUUUAGUCACCAUUUUUAAUUUUUUCUAGUAAUGUGUUGUAAAUAUUAAAACUAAUGGGUUGCCUUAGAUCUGACCUCUUUCUCAGUCUGAUUCCAGAAAAUGGUUCAUUCUUGCACAGGUUUGGUAACACAUUUCUGUAUAAGAUUAUAAAAAUUUCUAACAAACUAAUACAGAGUCCCUGUCUUUUAGAAAAUAAAAUUCUCAGCACCGCUCCCUGCCCUUGUUUGACAUUUCUCAGCUCCUUUGUGACGUUUCUGAGCAGCAUGUCUACAGUUUAAUGUGUGGCGGCUUAUGUGUGAGGUAUGUUCACGAAAUACAAAGAUAAAUGGCGGAGCUGAAAGUUUACAGGUGGCUGGGGAAGAAAUGACAUAUAACAUACAAGCUUCAUUUCCCCUUCCCUACGACAAAUGCCUGAAGAGGUGAAAAAAGUAAAGUCGUUUCUUCCAGGAGGUAAUGAUGAAUUCUGGAGAGUAGAGAUUGUCUAGUUGGGAACCUGACACCUUAGAAGUAGCAUUGAGUUGGGUCUUACGGUAUUUGACAUAGUGUUUGAUAUGUAAAGAGAAGGAAAAUAUUUGUCAGAGGUAAAAGUGUAGACAGUGGUGUAAAUAGAAGUGGGGUAUCCAGUAGCUCAAGACAAGUGCAAAGAACAUAAAAUAUAUUGAAAGGUGUACUGUGGUAACAACCUGAGGGUCUUGAAUGUCAUAAGAGUUGCAACUCGAUUCUGCAAGCACGCAGAACCAUCCAAGGUUUGUGAGCAAGGGAAAGAUUCCUGUUUCAAAAAGAAAUCAGGUGCAAAUAUGGAGAACAGUUUGGAAAGGGAAAGCUUGAGGAAAAAGAAUUUGUUGGUACUUUAAAAUCAGAGAAAUGAGCCUAAGGACAUUGUUGGAGGAAACACCCAGGCAUGGACUUAACUUGGGAGAUGUUUUGAAGGUAGAAUUAAGAAUUGAGCAACUGCAUGGAGGGUAAGAAAAGAGUUUUUAAAUUGGGCAAUUAGGAAGACAAAGCUAGCAAUUAGGGAACUCUGGAGGGGGAUCCAAAUUACAGAGGAAGGCAGUUUUAAUUUGCAUGUUGAACGUUGUGGGGUGUGUAGGAUAUCCACACGGAGUAGAAGACAGGUGAGACCCAGAAGUACGGUUUGGGUAAUAGUGCACAGAAGCCCUAAUUGCAACACGAAGAUGGAACUGAAAUACUUUGUCUUCAUGUAGCCUCUUUCUCUCACAGGUUUAAAACCUUUACCAGUGCUCUUGACCUCAUCCUUUCUAAACUUCACCUAUGACUGUAAAUUAGUUAUUGAAUUAAAAAGUAUUUCCUCUGGAGGCACCUGGGUGGCACGGGCAGUUCAGCAUGGACUCUUGGUUUCGGCCCGGGUCGUGAUCUCAGGGUCAUGAGAUCUAGCCCCACCUCAAGCCCCACCUCAAGCCCCAGGUCUGGGCUCAGCGCUGUGUGGAGCCUGCUUGAAAUUCUCUCGCCCUCCCCCUCUGCCCCUUCCACUCCUGCACGCUCGCUCACUUCUUCUCUCAAACAAAUAAAUCUUUUUUAAAAAAAGUUAUUUCCUCUGAAACUGUUAAAUGGUGGUUGGAUCUCUACCUACGUGUAAAAGUCUAUGUUAGGAGAUAGUUCCAAUUCAAGUUCUGAAUUCCGAUAGCAGGGGCCCUAUUUGGUGAAGGGAGCAAUAAAGUUUAUUUCCUUUUUGUUAGUUCAAGAUUUCAAACUAGGUAAAACUGACAUUUUGUAACUUUUUAAAAAAGUAAUCUCUACCCACGUUGUGAGACUCAAAACUCACGACCCCAAGAUCAAGACUUGCAUGCUCUGCUGUCUGAGCCAGGGUGCCCCCAGCCUUUUAUACUUCUGUUUCUCUUCUUGUGCAUCUCCCAUCUCCUAAUGACCCUCCAUUAUGUUGCUGAACACACUAUCCUUUAUUUAGAGGUUGGAAGUCUCCCCAGUUCCCAUGUCCUCUGUGCAUUUGGUACCUGCUUCAGGUAUCAAAGGGAAUCAAACACAUGUACUUAACACUUGCGUGUGGAAAGGCUGAUAGUCUCAUCAUCCUCCCAUAUAUAUUUAAGCUUUUGAAAGACAUUGCUGAACUAAAUGCAUUUUAAAAUCACAGGCCUGCCUUGCUGAGCGUCUGAUCUCUGAGUUAACUCCUCAUAGUUGUUCUUUUGUAUUUCCUUUUCUCCUGAAUCCAUAAAUCUUUCAAAAACCCCAAAAUAACAAGUUUGCAAGUGGAAAGAGGAGGUCUGUGUUGUGAGAUGAGAUGGCAGGAGUGUGUAAAUACAAAUCAUGUGUAAUUCAGAAACUAGUUUUUAAAUUAGGAAAUUUGAGAGUACAUUUUAUAGAAUGCUAUUUAUCAACACAUAAAAAUUUAACCUUUGAAAGAAACUUUCUUGAAAGUUUUAGAUAGGAUUCUCUGAAGGUAUGGGGUAGAUAGAGUUUGGUUUUAUUUAUUUAUUUAUUUUUCCUAAGGGUUAGGGAUCAUCUAUUUUGUGCUUCAACUAAACCCCUUUUCUUUAAAUCAGAUUGUUUUGAAUUAAUCUCUGACAGUUUGCAGAUUAAGUUACUUUUCAUAUCCUUUGCAGUUAUCUUGGAAUUCUAAAUUAAAUAUGCUGAAAUGUAUAAGUAAUGUCCCUAACACCCAGGAAUUGUAUUUGUCAAACUUAAACUUGUGCUAUAACCUGAAAUAGAAUUACAACUUAAGGUUUAUAAACGGUGUUGCAUUUACUGAGGGUUCAUUGCUGAGAUCUUAGAAUUCAUUUUCUAAAGCAGGGUUUAUAGUAAUGUUCCUUAGUGUAGAAUCGGUGACACAAAUUUAAAGUUCUUUCCGUUAGAGGAAUAGUUUAUCAUAGAUGAUGAGGCAUUAAUUACAGUCUCUGAAUUGAGUAAUGGUAGAAAGAAGAAAUGGGAGGACUGGCAGAAGCAACCUACAUAGAAAAUCAUACGCACGUUUGUCAAAGGAGGCUACGUGUUCUCUUCAAGCUCCAUUCAAUUAGAUCAUGUACUGCGCACAUAUAAUAGCUUAAAAGAUAUUGAUAAGCAAUAAUGAUGAAAAUACUUCAUUUCUCUAGUAAUUCACAAAUAACUUUUAUGUAUAAGAAAGGAUUCAGAAAAGUAAUUUUUCCUAAUACAUAAAGUGACAGAAAAUAUGUGGUAUUUUAUAUCUGGUUGUAAAGAUAAUAGAUACUAAUCAAAUGCCUCCAAAGCUGGUCAUGUAUACAUAGCUCCUCCUAAAUUAUUACAGAGAGUUCCUUUUUGCUAAAAUUAGAGAUUAACCUGAUUAGUUGUCAAAACCAAAUUACAAAUGUGUUCUUGGCAGUCAGGAAUCUUGAGGAGGGGAUGGCAGGUAGAAGACGUUUUGACGACUUUUGAUUAUUUCCAACAUGCAAAUGUUUGAUUUAAAUUGAACUCAAAAUUUCCUUCUAACAGGAAGAUCUUUAAAUAGGAAGAUUAUUAUUGUACUGUACUUAGGAACAUCAAAUCAUAGAGAGCUUUGGUUCUUUCUGUCAAAACCGUGGAGGGGCGCCUGGGUGGCUCAGCUGGUUGGGCGUCUGCCUUCGGCUCAGGUCAUGAUCCCAGGGUCUUGGGAUUGAGCCCUGCGUCAGGCUCCCUGCUCAGCGGGGAACCUGCUUUUCCCUCUCCCUCUGCCUGCCGCUCUCUCUGCUUGUGCGCUCGCUGACAAAUAAAUAAACAGUCUUAAAAAACAAAACAAAACAAAACCUUGGAGAUCUACAAUAUUGGGGAUCAUCCUGCUGUGAAAUAAAGGCUGUCAACAGUUGGAAUUACCCUUACUCUUUAAGUGAUCUGGCAUUUAUUGCUCUCAAAUUUUAGAAUGAAAGGGUUAAUAUCAAAGAUCACAUUGCCCUUUUCCAUUAGCUUUCCAAGGGUCCUACUCACUGUAUACUCCUUAAUCAUCAGUGUCUAUUAAGUUCCUUUAAUCUGAUGCUUGAGACCAGAAUCUAAAUUUCAAAAGAAAAAGAGAAUUAGGUUCGGGAAAGUUAUUCAACUAAGAUUUUCUGAUGACUCUAGCUAAUUGGAAUACCCUACUUACAAACACCCAGUUUUCAAAAUCUUACUGUUAAAUUCAAAAUAAUUGGAAAAAAAAUGGAUAUAUAUGUGAUAAAGCAAGUAUAAUUUACUGUUAAUUGUAGAAUUUAGGUAGUGGGUAUAUGGGUGUUCACUGUAAAAUUAUUUUUUCUUUACUAGAGUUUUGUAACAAAAUGUUAAUAGAAUUUGGGAAGAUUAAAGUUGUUCUACUAGCUCACUCCAACAUUCGAUGUAAGUGGAGUACAUGCCAAUAAUUCUAAAAGCUUACAUGUAGCAUACAACACAAAUCAUCUUUUGAGGUUGUAAAAUGUAAAUCUCCUGAAUGUUUUCCUUUGCACUUUCAAGUAGUCUGUUAGUUGGUUAUCACACUUCUAAUAGAACAACUCUAGUUAAUGACUGAAACACCAAAGCCAUUGUAAAUAAGAACUGAAAGAUUAGGGAGAGGAAAAUGUAUUUAAGCAUUGGCUUAUUUGGGAAAUGUGACAGUCAACAUUUAAUAUUAAUGUUGACAUAAAUGUUAAUGCUUGAAGAAGCUUUAAUUAGGGAGGAUAAAGAGGUAGAUGGAAACUUACAAAGAUUCUGAAGGGUAUUUAUAAUAGCUGCCCGUGGUUUGAGAGAAAAGCUAAAGAAAUUAUCUAAAGUGGAACAACUUGAACUUUAAGCAGUGAAAGGAAAUAUGUAUGUAUGACUCCCAAAAGAGAAGAAAGGGGAUGGCUGAAGAGCUGGUUAGCCCUGAAAUGAUUAGGGAGUAGGAGGGCAUGGGGGUAUAAAACUCUUAUCUCUUGGUUGGUUCCUACUCUUUAAAGCCUUUAAGGCUGAAUUAAUACCAGUGGUGCUAAUGGAAAGCUCAGAGUAUUUAAAAUUAAUCCUUAAAAGAUGUAGUUCCACUUUCCAUGAUAGACAUAAUUCAUAUAAAAACCAUAAUUUUAGUCAAAAUAGAGAGGGUGGACAAAAUAUGUUCAACAAAACCUCUUAAAGAGUUAUAUUUGAUUACUGACAGGCAGGUCAGACCUCUGUAUAAAGUGCUUUUCAUAUGAGAUAUUUUAGAAUAAAAAUUUUUCAUCCA